GAAUAUAUCACUGACGUUAAUUGUAUGUAUGAACGAUUGAGAGAAUUGAAUCAAAAAUUAACCCACACCGGUGUUGAGCAUCUCACUGGCUACAUUUCAAAACUAAAAACGUUCACCGGUGAACAUUCGAUUAGUGAUCCACUAAAGACACUCGCCGACGUAUGCGAAGGUCGUCGUGGAAAAAAUCCAUCUCGCACGCUACAAUAUAAUAGUCAACUGCCAUUGACAUCUUUUAUUGAUAUUAUCCAACCGGAGAGUGAAACGGCCGUCUACUUACAAAGUUUAAUUGUUUAUGUACCAUUCAAUAACAUUGUAAAGCAUAUACUAACAGAGACCUUUACGGAGUGGACUAAUAAUCAUGCCAAACUGCAAAUGACAUUGUUCUACAAUCGUUCAUUAUCUGACGUUCUUGCGACGCUUUCCGAAAAUCUAUCUCAAGUAGGUAAUAUAGGUAGCAAAAUAAUGACAUCCUUACAUCGAGAACAAGAAAUUACUACGGAACAAGUCUGGAGAUACACAGACAAAUUGAAUAAAAUGGAACAUGAAGUGUUUGAAGUUAGACUAUCCGCUGUGGCAGUGAUCAGAAAACUUUUGGAAGAAAUCGAAGUAGAUAAAACAGAUUGA